AACGCGUAAAGGAAGUGGAAACCGUGUGCUGGUCUGAUCGCACGCGCCGACGGCGAUCGGUUCGGAGAUUCGAUUCGGUUCCCCGCGCGAUCACGAGCACGAAGCGCGGUGCAUUCCGAUCACAAAAGCAGCAACGAGCCAACGAAACGGACUGCCGUGGCCGCUGUUCCACAGAGUGUCGCUCCGUGCUACGUGUUGUCGUCUGGUUUUACGAUCCAGAUUCCGUUUCGGUAGAUUAUAUAGCCUCGUUCCCCCGGACCAGAAGGAACAUGAAACUGCAGACAUCCCCAGCGGUGUUGCUGCUGCUCCUCGGCACGUUCUGCGGGUUAUCAUGGGCACUGAACCUGUACGACGAGUGCCGUACGCCGGACGACCAGCAAGGUACCUGUGUGCUGCUGCGCUCCUGUUCCACAAUCCGUGAGCUACUGAUGAAGAAGACCGCGCUGACCGCCGGGGAGCGGGACUACAUAGUGAAGGCCAAAUGCGGAACGCAGGGUAGCUCGGUGUUGGCCUGUUGUCCGUUUUCGCGCAAACUUCCGGCACGUUUCGGGGUACCGGUUGAGUUGCCGAAACCCGGCGAGUGCGGUACGAUGCUUUCGAACCGCAUCGUCGGAGGAUCGGUCACGCAUCUCGGUGACUAUCCGUGGUUGGCGCGCAUUCAGUACUACAAGACCAACAAUCGGUACGGGUUCCACUGCGGUGGAGUUCUCAUCCACAGUCAGUAUGUGCUGACUGCUGCACAUUGCAUCGAAGGUGUUCCGUCGAGCUGGAUCGUCUACCAGGUGAGGCUCGGUGAGCACGAUACGACCAAGGAUGUCGACUGCGAAGAUGACGACUGUGCUGACCCGGUACGAGAUGUGCUGAUUACGACGUACGUGGUGCAUCCGGAUUACUACAAACAGAACGGUGCCGACUACAACGAUAUCGCGCUGCUCCAGCUCGCAGAGACGGUCGAGUCAACCGACUACAUUCGGCCAAUCUGUCUACCGACAGCGGACAACAUGCGGGCGGAAAAUUUGACCGGCAAGUUUGCCACCGUGGCCGGCUGGGGCCAGACGGAGAAAAGUUCCUCCAGCACGCAGAAACUCCAUCUGCAGGUCCCGCUCUGGGGUAACGAUGCGUGUGCCGACGCCUUCACCGAUGUGCGGCUGGACAUUACCGGCACGCAACUGUGUGCCGGGGGCGAAAAGGGGAAAGACUCGUGUCGGGGCGAUUCGGGCGGUCCACUGAUGCGUUACGUGGCCCCGAGUGGGUCCACCAACCGAUUCUGGUUCCUGGCCGGUGUGGUAAGCUUCGGGUUGGAGCAGUGCGGUACUUCCGGAGUUCCCGGGGUGUACACGCGCAUGAGUGAAUUUACGGACUGGGUCCUGGAAACCAUGGACAUGCAAUCGAAAAGUUCCCGUUUGCAGGUGACAGUGGCCGUAGCCGUCGCGGUGGUGUUCGGUGUGACUGGAGCACAGUAUCUUGACCCGUGCACCACACCGGAUCGAACGGCUGGAACCUGUGUGCUGGUGGCGCAGUGCAGCUACGUCCGAACGCUCCUCUACAAACCGGUUCUGACGACGAACGAUGUACAGUAUCUCGAGAGUAGUCGUUGUGGUGUCCGCGAACGGAAGGUGCUCGUUUGCUGUGCGGCUCCCGAUAGCGCGGGGAACCCAACUCCGACCACUCCGACACGCCCGUCGGCUCCACCAUCCACUACGCUGGCAACGGUCAUACGGCAGAACCUAGGGGAGUUCUCGGAGCAGGUAAAACUUCUGCCAAAGGAGUGCGGCAUCCAGUACUCGGAUCGAAUCAUCGGGGGAGAACGGGCCAAGAUCGACGAGUUUCCGUGGACGGCUCUGAUACAGCACCGACGAAAUAAUGGUGAUCUCAAGUUCCACUGUGGGGGAUCGUUGAUUAGCGAUCGUUACGUUCUGACGGCUGCCCACUGUAUCAACAACAUCGCACGAUCGUGGACGAUAACUGCUGUUCGGUUAGGUGAAUGGGAUCUGCAAGCGGAACGCGACUGCACCACGAUCUUCGACGAGCAAAUCUGUGCCGACCCGGUGCAGGAUAUUGCGGUCGAGCGGCUCAUCGUGCAUCCGAACUACGCCACGACAUUAUCGCGGGUGAAGAACGAUAUCGCCCUGAUACGUUUGGCGCAACCGGCACAGUUUACUGACUUUGUUCAACCGAUCUGCCUGCCGCUCAGCGAUGGCGAGCGUACGCGAUCGUACGACGGGCAAAGCUUCAUGGUCGCUGGAUGGGGUCAAACGGAGGAGGCACCCCAAAGCCAGUACAAACUCUUCGUGGUGAUCAAGGGCGUACGGGAGGCCACCUGCCAGCAGAGCUACCCACGCGCAGACAUUGACGGUACGCAAGUUUGUGCUGGAGGCGAUGCGAACAAGGACUCUUGUCGAGGCGAUUCCGGUGGACCGUUGAUGUACAACGGGAAUAGCGAGAAAGGGCCGCUGAUGUAUCUGGCCGGAGUGGUCAGCUUCGGUAGGAAGUGUGGUUUGCAGGGAGUUCCCGGUGUUUAUACGCGUGUCAAUCAGUACCUCGAGUGGAUCGUGGGUACCCUAGAACCAUAGUGUGCUCUCACGGUCGAUGAUAGCGAUCUCAGUCUUUUGAUAUGACUGACUUUUCUGACAAGUUGAUAAUGACCUCGCUUGAUAAUGACAGGCUA